UUCUGUGUUUGUGUUAGUAUAUACUCCUUAAAGUUGCGUUGGUGUUUGAUGUAUGAAUCGUCGUAUUUUUUUUUUUUUUUUUUGUCUUCAAUAUAAUCAUCACAUCACAUUCAUUGAAAUACAAUUUACAUCGUAAUCUGUUGGUUUGAUAUACCUGCUGUAGUUGUCGUCGACCAGAUCUUCAUCAUCAUCAUCAUCAUCAUCGCCAUACAUCGUCUUCGUUUUUUAUUGGUUGUUGUUGUCGUGGCAUUUAUUUUCAUUCAUUGUCUUUAAUCAUAUUUCUGGAUCAUCAUUAUUUAUAUUGUCAAAAAUAAAAAUCGUAAAACAAUGGUACAAAUAAAGUUUGAAACUUUGGUGUUGGCCACUAUAUUUUUGGCAUUUCAUUGUACAAACGCUUCCGAUGUUCUUGAUUUAACACAAGAACAGUUUAAUUCGGCCAUUCAACAACAUGAUACGAUAUUGGUAAAAUUUUUUGCACCUUGGUGUGGCCACUGUAAACGUCUAGCACCGGAAUAUGAAUCGGCUGCAGCCAAAUUGAAAAAUAAUGAUCCACCAAUUCCGUUGGCUAAAGUUGAUUGUACUACCGAUGAAGGUAAAGAAGUUUGUAGCCAAUAUGGUGUUAGUGGCUAUCCAACAUUAAAGAUAUUUAAAAAUGGUGAAUUUUCAUCCGAAUAUAAUGGUCCACGACAAGCCGAUGGUAUUGUUAAAUAUAUGAGAUCGAAAGUUGGUCCAGCAUCGCGUUUAUUUACGGAUAAAUCAUCAUUGGAAUCAGUCAUUGAAAAGGCAACCGAUGUUAUCAUAUUAGGCAUAUUCGAAAAAGAUGGUUCAUCCGAUAUGCAAACAUCAUUCAUGAAAUCUGCCGAUAAACUUCGUGAAAAUGUCUAUUUUGCCCAUGUAUUUCAAAACGAUGUAGAAGAUGUUUACAAAAUUGAUCGAUUGGCUAAAUUAGAUGAACAAAUCCGUUUGAAUUCCAAUAAUGUGCUUGUUAUUCGACCGAAAAUCUCAAUGAACAAAUUUGAAUCAAAUAUUGUUGAUUAUUCUGGUAGUGGAGAUUUGACUGAAUUUAUUCGUUCAAAUUAUCAUGGUCUUGUUGGACAUCGUACACAAGAGAAUAUGGGCGAUUUCAAACCACCAAUGAUUGUUGCUUUUUAUGAUGUUGAUUACGUGAAAAAUCCCAAAGGAACUAAUUAUUGGCGUAAUCGUAUACUUAAAGUUGCUCAAAAUUAUAAAGAUUCAAUGUCAUUUGCCGUUUCGAAUGCUCAACAAUUCGCCGGUGAAUUAGAAGAAUUUGGUGCUGAACCACCACGUGAUCGUGAUGCUACACCAGUUGUAACUGCACGUAAUGAAAAAGGUGAAAAAUAUAAAAUGGAAGAUAAAUUCUCGGUUGAAAAUUUGGAAAAAUUUGUUGAAGAUUUCCGUGCCGGAAAAUUGGAACCAUUUUUAAAAUCUGAACCAUUACCUGAAAAUAAUGAUAAUGCCAAUGUUAAGACAGCUGUUGCCAAAAAUAUUCAAGAUUUAGUCAUCAACAAUGAUAAAGAUGUUCUUAUUGAAUUCUAUGCACCAUGGUGUGGUCAUUGUAAGAAUUUGGCUCCAACAUAUGAAGAUCUCGGUCAAGCAAUGAAGGAUGAACCAAAUGUUUUGGUUGUCAAAAUGGAUGCCACAGCUAACGAUGUUCCAUCAGAAUUUACUGUACAUGGAUUCCCAACAAUCUAUUGGUAUCCAAAGAGUAAAGUAGCACAGAAAUAUGAAGGUGGUCGUGAUCUCCAGAACUUUAUCGAUUAUAUUGCCGAACAUUCCACAGAAGAAUUGGUCGGUUAUGAUCGUAAAGGACAGAAAAAAUCGAAAGAAGAAUUGUAAUUAUACAGAUAUAAAAAUUUUAAAUUUAUUAUUCUACACACAAACACACACACACGAAUAUAUCUGAUUCAAUACCAAUUUUCUGGCCCCAUUUUUUUCAUUUAUUUUUUAACAUCCCGUUUUUUUUUUCAAAAUUUUUAAGAAAAAAAAUUUAGUGCCUCAAAUUAUCAUACAAACAUUCAUGCAUAUAUGAUUUAUUCGUUUUUGUUCUGCUUGCCCCCAUAUAUUUUUAUUUUAUUGGUAUUAUAAAUUUUUUCACUUUUU